GAGUCUGGUGGGGACUUGGAGAACCUUUAUGUCUAGCUAAGGGAUUGUAAACACACCAAUCAGCACCCUGUGUCUAGCUCAGGGUUUGGGAAUGCACCAAUCUACACUCUGUAUCUAGCUAAUCCAGUGGGGACAUGGAGAACCUUUGUGUCUAGCUCAGGGAUUGUAAACGCACCAAUCAGCACCCUGUCAAAACAGACUACUCGGCUCUCUGUAAAAUGGACCAAUCAGCAGGAUGUGGGUGGGGUCAGAUAAGAGAGUAAAAGCAGGCUGCAGAGCCAGCAGUGGCAACCCGCUUGGGUCCCCUUCUACACUGUGGGAACUUUGUUCUUUUGCUCUUUGCAAUAAAUCUUGCUGCUGCUCACUCUUUGGGUUCACGCUGCCUUUAUGAGCUGUAACACUCACCUCAAAGGUCUACAGCUUCACUCCUGAAGCCAGCGAGACCACGAACCCCCUGGGAGAAACGAACAUACUCCAGACGCGCCGCCUUAAGAGCUGUAACACUCACCGCGAAGGUCCGCAGCUUCACUCUUGAGCUAGCGAGACCGCGAACCCACCAGAAGGAGGAAACUCUGAACGCAUCCGAACAUCAGAAGGAACAAACUCCAGACACGCCACGUUUAAAAACUCUAACACUCACCGCGAGGUUCCGCGGCUUCAUUCUUGAAGUCAGUGAGACCAAGAACCCACCAAUUCGGGACACACUGGGAUUACAGGUGUGAACCACAACACCUGACUCUCUUUGUUCCUAAUUGAAAUUGCCAAAGUUCCAGGAAGGAUGUUACCUUUGAUGAUGAGAGUGUUAAUCCUGCUGCUGCUCCCCGAGGGUCAGGCUGCCCCAAAGGAUGGAGUGACAAGGCCAGACUCUGAAGUGCAGCAUCAGCUCCUGCCGAACCCCUUCCAGCCAGGCGGGGAGCAGCUCGGACUUCUGCAGAGCUACCUAAAGGGACUAGAAAGGACAGAAGUGCAGCCGGAGCAUCUGAGCCGGGAGCAGGUUCUCCUCUACCUCUUUGCCCUCCAUGACUAUGACCAGAGUGGACAGCUGGAUGGCCUGGAGCUGUUGUCCAUGCUGACAGCUGCUCUGGCCCCUGGAGCUGCCAACUCUCCUACCACCAACCCGGUGAUCUUGAUAGUGGACAAAGUGCUCGAGACCCAGGACCUGAAUGGGGAUGGGCUCAUGACCCCUGCUGAGCUCAUCAACUUCCCGGGAGCGGCCCCCAGGCACGUGGAGCCCAGAGAGCCCCUUGCUCCAUCUCCUCAGGAGCCACAAGCUGUUGGAAGGCAGUCCCUAUUAGCUAAAAGCCCAUUAAGACAAGAAACACGGGAAGCCCCGGGUCCCAGAGAAGAAGCAAAGGGCCAGGUAGAGGCCAUAAGGGAGUCUUUGGAUCCUGUCCAGGAGCCUGGGGGCCAGGCAGAGGCUGAUGGAGAUGUUCCAGGGCCCAGAGGGGAAGCUGGGGGCCAGGCAGAGGCUGAAGGAGAUGCUCCUGGGUCCAGAGGGGAAGCUGGGGGCCAGGCAGAGGCCAGGGAGAACGGAGAGGAGGCCAAGGAACUUCCAGGGGAAACACUGGAGUCUAAGAACACCCAAAAUGAGUUUGAGGUAUACAUUGUUCAAUUGGAGAAUGAUGAGAUCUAGAUCUUGAAGAUACAGGUACCCCACGAAGUCUGAGUGCCAGAACAUAAGCCGUGAAGUGGGCAGGGGAAUGUACGCUGGGAUCAAGGACCACCUCUGUGCCCCCUGUCUGGUCCCAGUAGGUAUCAAGUCUUUCUGUGCAGCUCAGGGAGACCCUAAGUAAGUUAAGGGGCAGAUUACCAGUAAAGGACUGAAUGAAUUCA